CAGCUCGGCGCAUGCGCGGGUCCAGCCUGCGCCGUCGGUACGCCGCGCCGCCGCCUCGGGAUUCUCCGCACCUGCGCCGCUCCCCCCCGCCCCCAGCAGCCCCGCCAUGGCCGACGGGCGCUUGAGGCAGAUCAAGAUCAAGACCGGCGUCGUGAGGCGAUUGGCAAAAGAAAAAGUUAUGUAUGAAAAAGAAGCAAAACAGCAAGAAGAAAAGAUUGAAAGAAUGAAAGCUGAAGCAUGUGAUGAUUAUGGAAUUAAGAAGCAGAUUGAGAUCUUACAAGAGUCACGAAUGAUGAUUCUGGACUGCCAGCGCAGAUUAGAAGUUGCACAUGCAGAUCUUACUCAACUACUAGAAAAUGAAAAAGAAUUGGAAGAAGCCGAAGAGUACAAAGAAGCACGUUCCAUACUGGAGUCAGUGAAGCUGGAAGCGUAGAAGUUUUUCAGUAUUCUCUUUGUAUGCAUUAGCACUGGGUCCAUUCCACACUUUAAUUUGACUAUGGCUCUAUUACUAUUGUUGACUUGCUAAGGUUCCCUUUAUGCAAACCAGCCUUUCUCAAACUGCAAGAUAUAUCAAAUAAAGGGUGUUCUGAAACUUCUGUGUUCCAUAUUCAGGCAAAAUAGAAACAUUAUCAGUUCAGUUCACUUAAAUUACAAAAAGGAAAAACAGCACUGAUUUAAUGUAAGUGUAAUAGCUAAUAUACAGAACUUAAUCUGUACAAUUAAGGCUAAGAAACAAAGUUGAGCUAUGUAAGGCAUGUGAGGGACCAAUAUAUACUUUCGAAUGAGAUAAAAUGGUUUGGGUUGCAAGGGGCCUUCAUCUAAUUCCAACUUCCCUGCUGUGGGCUUUACAAGCACCUUAUACUGAAAUAAUUUCAAGCCAUUACGGCAUAACAAUCUGUAGUGAAAAAGGAGAUGGACUACCUGACCCUUCAAAGUCACCCACCUUUUUUCUACAAUGUAAUUUAUCUGUAAUUUUAUCAAGUAUGUACUCCUUGUUUACCUUUGAGCUCAUGACAGAAUUAAGAGCUGAUUCCAAAUCUUUCUCAGGUUGCCUGGGGUUGAUUUGUAGAGCCCUAUUCAUACUAUUACCAUGGAUCAAAAAUCUGUUACUUUUUCAAGAAACUGAAUUUAGCAGCUGACUCGUAUGUUGUCAGGUGGAUCUGCUGGUAAGAAUUCUGGACUGAAUGCUUUUCCUGAAAGCACCUUGGCCUAAGUGAGGGAAGUUUUUUGUUUUGGUUUUUUUUGUUUUGUUUUGUUUUUUGAACAAAGCUUAAACCCCGGAAGUUGGAAGAGAACUAAUGGGUAAGGGAACAAUGCUUGAUCUGCUUGGAAGACCAUUGAAACAUUAUGUACAAAAGCUGUGGUUCUUUCAGAAUAGCUUCUCUAAACAGUAAGCUCUGAUUAUGAACAAGAAAGCUUUUUACUUUACUUUUCCUAGUUUGAAAGUGUUCUGGCAUGUUCCUUAAAGGCACGAGAAAGCAGAGUGUACCUUUUGUGUGGUGCUAUAUUGAAUACUCUUAAUAAAAUUUUUUGUUAAUUUGCCUGA